AUGGUUACAAAUUGGGAGAACGAAUCAUUUUCCAAUGAACCCUUAAGUAUAGUAGGGAUAUUUCCAGAAAACUAUAGAGUGCUCAAGGUUGAUAGCAGUUCAAACUUUGCUCUUCUUUCUGAAGUACUUAGUGAAGUGAUUUCCAAGGACUUAUCAUUUGGCUUGAUCCCAUUUUUCCUCUAUGCUACUGUGAGCACUACCUCUUCAGCAGCUGUAGAUUCAUUAUUGAAACUAGCAAAGAUUUCUAAGGAUCAAAGUGCUCUCAUACAAUCAUUGUCCGCAAAUCCCGAUGAGGAGUUACAGCAGUUGCAAGAGAGAAUGGCAGAUCAUCAAAGGUACCUAACCACAGGCCGCGCGUACAUGCUUUCCGGUUUGAGCUCGCAUUCUAUGCAAAGGGCGACAGCAUUGGGGAACUCGACCGACAGUGCUAACCUUGUUGGUGCCUAUCAGACGCAAUCCAUGGUCGACAUGGUGCGCCGAUCGCAGAUGCUGGGCCCACCGUCGCCUCGAAGUCCGGUCAGGCCAAAGGGAAGAUAA